CCAAACUCUCAACGGACUCAAUCGCCUGGCUCUUCUUUUUCCUAACUGCGCAAAUUCCCCCUCCUUUUUUACCAAUUCUGCAACACCCGGAACUUGUUUGUCUUUUUCUUCUUUAUUUUUUUAGAUUCAAGACGAAUUUUUGUGAAUGGUGGAAACAAUUCGGAUUUCUAGUAAUUUCAUGCUCUCCCUUUGUAAAUCGAGGGCGAGCACCCUUUUCUCCGUUUCUGCAGUCUCUGUUUUCGCAUUUGGUUCUUGUAAAGCUGGCUGGUAUUACCGCUGCCUUGGCCUUGACCCACAAAUCCCUUGCAAUCUCCGCCCAUAACCCAGAUUUCUUUAAAAUCUAAGAAAAACAAAAUAAACCCAUUGUUUCUGUUUUUCUUUUUCUUUUUUUUUCAAAUCUCGGUUUUUUGGUGAAAUAUUCGCUCAUUUGAUUGUUUUAUUUUGAUUAAAAAAAAUGGUGCUUUACAAGCAGAAGAAGAGCCAGGGUCCUAAGGGCAACAGGCUGUUGGUUAGCAUCACUGUUUUGGGAAGUGCUGGGCCGAUCCGUUUCGUUGUUAACGAAGAAGAGCUGGUUUCUUCUGUUAUAGAUACUGCUUUGAAAGCCUAUGCUCGUGAAGGUCGGCGCCCGGUUCUAGGAUCCGCUAUCAGUGGUUUCUUCCUUUAUUGCCCCAGUGCUGGAUCAGAUGCACUGAAUCCAUGGGAGACAAUUGGAUCACAAGGGGCAAGGAAUUUCAUUUUGUGCAGGAAGCCAAGCAAUGAGAAAAUGGAAGAUGAUGGAAGAUCAGCAAACUCAGUUACUGGGAAAGGAAGUGGGAAUUGGAAGGCAUGGAUCAACAAAUCACUCAAUCUUAAGAUUUCUUCCCAUUAUUAGAUAAUUCUCAUACCCUUUAUCAUCGUGUGCUUCUUGGGCUAGCUUUACUUUCAAGCUAAGGACUUGUACAAUGGAUAUGACCAUUUUAGAAUCUUGGUUAUCAUCCAUGGGAUGUUUAUUCAGGAAUAAAAUCAAGCUGUUAUUCGGUGUUUUUGCUUUGAAAA